AUGGCGGUAUUUACGGACAAUGAAGAGUACAUACGUUAUUCAAUAUUAGGUGUCAUUUGGCUUAUUUAUUUCUGGGAACUUUAUUUAAGUUUACGGCAGAGGAAAUUGAUGCAAAAAUUGACAUCGCUACCUGCGUCGUUAGGCGGCUUGAUGACUGAAGACUUGUAUCAAAAAGCCAGAAUUUAUGCGCUUGAUAAAAAUGCUUACAGCAAUAUUCAUGAUCUUUUUGCAACGGUUGUUAAUACGGUUGUAGUACUUACAUACGCAUUUUACUACUAUUGGCAAUGGGGUCUCAUGAUGACAAAAUUUCUUGGGUUAGAUACAUCUAACGAAAUAAUAGUUAGCGCCUGUGUAUUAAUUAUCAUGAACACAGUAUCAACAGUUAUUGAUAUGCCAUUUAAAGUAUACAAUGUAUUUGUGCUUGAAGAAAAACAUGGCUUCAAUAAACAGACGGUGAAAUUUUUCAUAAGAGACCAGCUUCUCAAAUUCGUGGUAGGCCAAGUGAUCGGGCCGCCAUUGUUAUGUGGCUUAGUAUGGAUAAUCAAAAACGGUGGUGACUAUUUCUUCUUCUACGUUUGGAUAUUCACGGUUGCUGUCACGCUCUUCAUGUCAAUCAUUUAUCCCGAAGUGAUUGCCCCACUGUUUGACAAGUACUCGCCACUCCCAGAAGGCGAGCUGAAGCAGAAGAUUGAAGCACUCGCAGCUUCAUUGAACUUCCCGCUGUACAAGCUGUAUAUCGUAGAAGGCUCCAAGAGAUCAUCUCACAGUAAUGCUUACAUGUACGGGUUCUACAAGCACAAGAGAAUCGUUCUUUUCGACACUCUCGUCAAAGAGUACUCUCAGGCAAACGUUAAUCCUGAUGGAACAGGUAAAGAUGACUACGGCUGUGAAGUUGAUGAGGUCCUUGCCAUUUUAGUUCAUGAGUUGGCGGACGCUUUUGGCAAAAAGCUUGGCCACGCAGCAGCAUUGAAACGUGCAUUAGUAAAAUUACACAAGGAUAACUUAUCAUUCCCGUUAUAUGACAAGCUCUACUCGGGCUGGCACCACAGCCACCCACCUCUACUCGAGCGUCUCGAAGCACUCGACAAAUACGAGUAG